AUGAUAAUUCUUAUUACUGAACACAAGCUUGCUACCCUUCAUAUUGAUUUGGAGAAGGCUCAAUCAAACAUCCAAACUUCACAUCCAGCCAUGAUCACAACUCAUCACUUCAUCUUCCUCUUCACUUCAUCCCUCUUGAUUUUCUCCCUCCAAGCAAACUGUGUUCCUUCCGCCUGCGGUGCUAUUCGCAACAUCAGCUACCCUUUCCGCCUCACGAGCGAUUCCAACGACUGUGGCAAUCCCAGAUUCGAACUAACCUGCGAAAACAACGCCACCUUAGUUUAUCUAAACUCUCACAAAUACUAUGUCAAAUCCAUCAACUACCAAAACUCCACCAUCAUGCUGAUUGAUGCUUCCAUAAGCAAUGACUCAAUCUGCAUCCAUUCCUCAUCUCCUCCUCCUCCUCCUCCUCCUUCCAACUCCAUGGAUCCUUACUACAAUUACUAUUCCGCUCUCCAACGGUCGGUUAACUUAAUUAGCUGUCCUGAUCCAUUGCAUAAUUCUUCCCUCUUCACAGACAUCACUCCAUACUGCGCCUCGUAUUCGUUUUCAAUUCUAACAACAUAG